AUGGUUCACCAACGUAGCUUCCUGACUCUGUCAGUCCUCUCCUUGGCCUCAAUUGCGGCUGCCCGCCCCGAUAACCUGAGAGGACGAACACCUCCAAACCCCAACACCUGUCCCUGUCUGCCAGAGGGCACGCCGAGCGUCAUCACCAAGACCGAGACCGCCCAUUCCACAGUCUACCAGACCGCAUCCGCUUCUUUUGUACAGGAGACCGUCACGGCUACACUCACAGUUACACGCCAGCCAGUCACCCAGACCGAGACCCGUACCGUCCACGUCACCAAGACCAAGACCGCUGAGGAGCAGGAACAAGUCACUGUCACCUGCACCGAAGUCAUCAGCGAAGGUCCCGAUGGCUCAGCAACUACCAAGACCAAGCCCCCCGGAGGCCACGAACACACCGAGACGAAGACGCGCACCGGCCAUGGCGGCUCAGAGACGACAGCGCCGGGCCAUGGUGACGACGAGCAAGCCACUCUGACAGACUCCGCUUCCGCCUCUGCAACGGCAACGCAUACCGGCUCAAACGGCGGCAAGCCGACUGACAAGCCUCCCCAUGGUGGUGACGGUGGCGAUGGCGGUGACGAUGGCGGUGACGACGACAAUGGCAAUGGCACCAACCCGACCUCGACCCACCACUGCAACCACUGGAACGGCACCAAGUGCGUCAAGCCGACCGAUGUUCCUAGCGACUCUGCCAUCACUCUCACGGCCACAGCCACGGCGACCGCAACGGUGACGGGCACGACAACCGGCAACGCUUUGCCAACCUACUCGGUCUGCUCCGUUUCGGUGGCUCUCGUUACCGUCUACAACACGGUUACAGCGACCGUCUACCAGACCGGUACAGCGCCUGUACACAAGCCCCGUGCGCCGACAGCAUUGGCUGCUUGGUAG